AUGUUGUUGAUUCUCACUUUGCCAGAAUGUAGAGUGAAUGGUCAAGACUUUGAAAAUCAUACGGUUCCAGUCUCUCAGGACUAUAUUGAUGCAUUCGAUGCAGCUGUUCAGGAUAUGAUUGUCGAUCGAACCUUCAUUGAUGCCUAUUUCAAUUUAAUGUAUUUCCCUGUACCUGCUUGUAUCAAUGAUUUGGUGAAAUAUCCAAGUAAGAAUCCAUUUGCAAAUCGAAAGGCAUUGGUCAUGUGUAUGGAAACAGGAGUCAUCUCUCCAUAUAAGGAAGUCAAACAUAUGGUCGGAAAUACCAUUGUGCAAAAGAUUAAUGAUCGUUAUGGAACCAAGUUACAAGUUCAAUUCAAAUAUCUCAAUACUUCUCAAUUGGGAUUUUUCACAACCAUGAAGAAUGGAGUCGAUUCUGGAGAGUGUGAUUUAAUUUCAUCGAAUACGACACCCACCGAUGCGAGAAAGGCAGUCGCUCAUUUUCAAUGCAAUUAUGGAAUGACAUCUCAGGCCUUCAUUCGAACGAAUAAGGACGGACAUUUAUCUCUAAAAACUUUACAAGACCUCAAUCAAACUCAAGUCGUAGUAGGUGCAUAUUCUGGAACGACCUAUGAAACUCUUGUAAAAACUCAAUUAAGUGCUGCCAAAUUUGUUUCGUAUCAACAAUCGGAUGAUCAAUAUGCAAGUAUUAAAAAAUCAGAAGUACAUGCCGUGAUUGGAGAUGCUGUCACGUUUUUAGUAUGGGUUCGAGACAAUAAGGAUGUGUGUAGUAAUUGUAGCGUGAUAUUAUAUACGAAUCCGUAUGGAUAUGGAACGUUUACAACCAAGUUGAUUGCAUCUGGAGCUAGCUCAGUACAUCAUCAAAUUUGGUUCAUGAGUGUGUUGUUGGCAAUGGUAUGCAUGAUGGGGAUGUUCUAUUCUCAUUAA